AUGCCCACAGUGUGGCGGCGGGUACCUUGUGUGUGUCUGUCAGCUCGACUAUUGUCUCCACAGAAAAGAACCUUGGCUACAUCAAACCGUGUUCAUUUCAUGACAUCUGCACCGACUCCUUCCAUUUCUUCGUUGCCUGCACUGUAUGAGCGCACGCCAGUUUCCACGGAUGUGAAUCGUCCGUUCGUUCGCACAGCUGCUUGCCUCAUCAUUGGUGAUGAAGUGUUAAAUGGAAAGACUCACGAUAGUAACAGCAACAAGAUGGCGAAAAUGUGCUUUGAACUCGGCAUCGAGCUCAAGCGUGUGGAAGUGAUCCCUGAUGUGGUCGAGGACAUCAUGGAAGCUGUGCAGCGCAUGUCUCGUACAUAUGAUUUUGUGGUGACCAGUGGGGGUAUUGGCCCUACUCCUGACGAUAUAACAUACGAAUCGAUCGCCAAGGCGUUUGGCAAAGAGCCGCUCGAAUACGACGAUGAGACACUCCAUCGAAUGGAAAUUAGCAUUCAACACCAUUACAAAGACCUUUCAGCAACAGACGAGAUGACAAAGGCCCGAAAGCGUAUGGCUCUGUUUCCUAAAGAUUCUGAAGUAAUUUUCCCAACGGAGCAACUAUGGGUGCCUGUGGUGCGUGUCAAUGGCAAUGUGUGUAUCUUGCCAGGCAUUCCAAGCCUAUUUGAGGCACUUCUCUAUGCUACACAGCCCUAUCUGCGCUUAGAUCCCAAUGCGCCACGCCCGAUACGCACCCUCGUUGAAACCAUGUUGCCUGAAAGCGUCAUCAGCCCUCUACUCCAGCGACUCACUGCCUCAGGGAAGAAGGAGGGUAUCCGUGUAGGAUCCUAUCCCAAAUGGGGAAAGGGUGUGCACAUAUCAUUUAUCGGAUAUGACCAGUCUAUCAUCGACAAAUACGUGGAGCAGGCUAUACAUGAAACGGGUGGCGUGCGUGUGUCUAGCACCUAG